UGUUCUGAAAAUAAGUGAGGCUAAUUAUAAGGUCUGGACAUGCAGAUAAAGGAAAGUCAGAUAAAUCAAAAUCCCAUUUUUGUUGGGGUCUCGGAACUGAUAGGGUUAAUAGAAAAAAGUGUGUGUGUAAAGCUACAUCUACACUGUCACUGGAAGUCCAAUAAAAUAGUCCAGAUCUACACAUAUACCCUCUGGUAACCCACGGACUCUGCUGUGCAAGGUUUAUGUAGCCCUGGUAAUAAUCGAUUCCUGGAACGCGUCCUUUAUUUGCCCAUUAGUCCAGGAGACGUUGAUGCCUUAGUAAUGGCACACAGGCUAAGGCUUGGGUAAAGAGCCACAAGGCUUAAACAAACAGUGAUACAAGCAUUCAGUCAUUUUAAAGCCGGGUACAUCUCUGGAUGUAGCAGUCUUUACGCAGUGUGGCACGAGAGCUCCUGCUGGAUAUCACUGAAGACAAGCUUGGGUAAACCCAAACAAACAAUUGUAAAGCUUUUCAAAAAGGUAUCUUUAGACACACGGAAGAUGCGCCCAGGUGAAAGAGGCUCUUCAAUGGAGACCUGAGGGAGGAGACGAGAGAUGAGUUAACUUCCAAAGACAUCCAGGUGACCUACGUGGCUGUGACAAUAUGAAUGGGAAUAAUAACUUCACCUUGUGUCCGAUCGCAGACUCUUAUAAAAGGAUCCUGCUCCCACUGACCUACAGCCUGGUGUUUGUUCUGGGUCUGACCCUGAAUGGAGCACUGCUGUGGGUGGUGUGCUUCCGGACCCGGACCUGGAGCUGCUCAGUCAUCUACCUGACCAACCUGGCCGUGGCUGACCUGCUGUACGUGCUGUCCUUGCCGCUGCUCAUUGUCAGCUACGCCAUGGAUGACGUAUGGCCCUUCGGUGACAUAAUCUGCAAAGCCGUCAGAUUCUUCUUCUGUACGAACCUCCACUGCAGCAUGAUGUUCCUCAUGUGCAUCAGCGUGCACCGGUUCCUCGGUGUGUGCUACCCGAUUACUGCACUCCGGUUCAGGACCAAAAACCUGGCUGUUUUGACGUCUGGCUCGGUUUGGGUCCUGGUGAUGCUGGAGAUAUCACCAACCCUUGUGUUUGCCCACACCGGGUUCAUCAACAACAUGACGGUGUGCUAUGAAAUGACCAACCCUGGCCAGUUGUAUACUUACUUUCCUUACGACAUGUUUCUGGACGUGGUUGGAUUCCUGGUACCUUUUAUGAUUAUUCUAAUCUGUUACUGCUCAAUGAUGAGAGUGCUCUACCGGGCUGGAAGGGACAACUCACAGGUAGGGACAGAGAAUCUAAACAAGUCCAUACGCACCAUUCUGGCGGUGUGCUUGAUGUUCGUGCUGUGUUUUGUGCCUUAUCACAUUGCGCGGAUAGUGUGCCUGUUCAUACGUGUCUAUGUGUCCAGUGACUGUAGAGUCAUCAACUUGGUGAUGAUCGGCUAUAAAAUAUGGAAACCCCUGGUCAGCUUCAACAGCUGCGCAAACCCACUGCUGUACUUCCUGGGUUCGGACAGGCAACGGAAGCAGCUCUGGGCCCAGUUAUUUAGGAGUAAGAUGGUCCAUCCCACGGUGAGCACCGUACAGCCAGAUAUAGUACACACCGUCUCUGGUACUGCCAGAAAUCAGUGACUGAUUAUCUUCUUUUUUUCCUCUCUCUGCAAGUCAGAAUUUUUAUUUUAGUAGGUGAAUGGCCCAUUUUGUUCUACGCCUUUUGGCACAGAAUUACCCAUUUGUUCAGGCAGCCCUGCUACAUAGAGAUGGGUCCAUCUUAACCUCUACUGGACUAUACUCUGCCGCUCAGUCAAAGUGACAAGAGGUUAAGACUGAUUCUCUGAUGUGUUCUUAAGGGCCUUUGUACCCUAUUCUGGAAAUAACACACAGCACACC